AAUUGAAAAAAAGUGAAAACUCAUAUGAAACGUCUAAAUUAUUAGAGAAAUUACAGGAAAAUUGAGUGACGAAAUAUAAAACUUACUGUAUGAAUGUAAAGAUUUCUUUGACUCCGGUGUAUUAAUGAAGAGUUAACUUCCGUUUAGAUCACACGCAACACACACAUAUUUGUUUGCCGCACAAAUACUCCUGUUAUUUGAUUUACGUUCGUGAACUGUUCAAACCCUGCAAAUAAUAUUAGAAACGUAAAAUAACAUGCCAGAUACGCCAGCCGCCGAAAAGGACAAACAAAUGAAACAACUGAAGCGACGCAUGGAGUGUUGGCGAGAGGUUAUUCUACCCUUGAAUUCAAUACUCCUCUGGGAACAGUCCUGGCAUCCAGGUCUCAUUCUUGGUCUCACAACUUCUACUUUUCUGUUGAUGUGGUUCAUGGAGCCUGCCAUACUUACAGUCAUUUCUGUAGGUCUAUUAAUAAUGGCAUUGAGCGAUUAUCUGGGACCAAUAUUGAUUUCGACAUUUUGCUCCACAAAUAGUUGGACAGGACAAAAAGAACGUAAACUAGAUGAAAUCUGCCAAAGAUUAUCUCAUGCUAUAACUCAGUUGCAAAGUAUAUGGAGAACAGCAUUAUGGGCACGUACUAAUCAUGCCAACAUGUACUAUGGAGUAAUAACAGCUGUACUGCUUGGAUUUGCAUUGAUUGGAAACACAGUCAACAAUUUGUUCCUGAUGUAUGUCAUAGUAAACAGUCUCCUUCUUCUACCAGGCCUCAGACAUAACGGAAGGAUGCAAAAACCUAUUAAACUUAUAUGCAGCUAUCUGACGCGUCCCAAGAUGUCUUAAUUAGUUUUUCUCUAUGUCUGAUUAGGCAGCGUUAUGCAUUUGUUGUUCACAUAACACAGAUUGACAUACUUAUGUUCCCAAUCGCAAUUUAUUUGCUUGCACUUAUUUAAGCCGACUCAUGCCACUUUAAAUGCUCAUUCAAUAUUUGACUGAUAUUAUAUUUAUUCUUUACAUUUCAUUGAUAAACGGCACAAGCGAUACUGUAAUACUUGAACAUGUAUUAACCAAACUGUGAACCAAUAUAAAUUAUUAUCUGACUUGUACCUAAUUGGCAAUGUACGAAUUGGGGAAUAUUUUAUGCUAUCACAUAUAGUCGCUACUAUCGUUACGUAACGUAACGUUUAUACUGCAAUCACUUGAGGAAUGAUGUACUAUGUGUAUAGUACUUCUAGAAAAAAAAGUAAACAAACAUCAUCUCUCAACUGUUUCAAGUUUGGAAACUAGUUAAUUUUAACCCUGAGUUGCCAAAAUGACGUUGACCUAUAACUCUUCUACCGAUGUACGUAAUUAACCUGAUGUGGAUGUUAAACGACGUAUCUCACAGUGUACAGCCCAGACAAAUAUUUUUAGGGUUCAAAAUUAUAUUAUUGCCAGAUUUUUCCAUUACGAUAUCAUUAUUUAGUAAGUGGGAUAGUAGUGCUGGUAGUUCAUGGUCACAAUUUUCAGCACAAAUUUUUUUUUAAACCAUUUCCUAACAUGCAACCCCUUCAGUGUUCUGCUGUAUACAAAGAUUAUUUUCUUUACUUGAGAGAUUAUUGACAAUGAUUGUCACAAUAAAAUUCAAUCCCCAUGCUUGAAUCAAACAAUUCUAUUGUCCUUGAGUAUUAUUAUUAUUAUAGUUAUAACAAUUAUUAUUGCGACAAUUACUUAGAGAUUUAACCAAGUUGGAGGUAUGAUAUACGAAGUUCAUGCGUAAGAAUAUAGUCAUCUAACAAUAAGCCGUGUUUAUAUGUCGAAAAUAAAAAUAGAUUACGUGCAUAAUAAUUAAUGUGUUAGUGUUAGCGAAAUGUAUGUAAACGCGAAUAAGCUAUCAACUUUUUUUUUUACAUUAUUCACCAAUUUAGUGUUGUGCUGUGAAUUUUUGUAUUUCCAAUAUAUGAGUAUUCUCGCUGUUUGCAUUUUAUGGUAUGACGUAUCUGUAAAAGACUUCACUUUUCUUAAAUCUUAAUAAACUGUAACACUACCAUA